AUGACAUUGACAUGUGAAAACAUCCGUGUUGAUGGCCACAGCUUUGAUCUGUCAAAGCUGCGCGGGCCGCACUCUGUGGUCACGACUUUGUAUCAACCUAGUCCUCCUAGGCACUACAACACCACAUAUACUCUGGAUGUCUGCGGGCCGCUGAAAAAGAGCGGAAAGGUCAGCAAGGAUGAGCAGUGUCCGACUGGCACGAGAGUGUGCGCGAUCAAACGACUUCUUAAAGAGAACACCGAUACCAUCGAGGACAUUAACGCGAUAGCCGGAAACCUUGAGAAUGCCGGCGGCUCGCAGUUCGACUAUACCGUGACGAGACUCAAGACGAGCGACUCGACCUCCGACUCGCAGAAAGAAGGUCUACGAUUGGUCCUCAAGGGCGGGAAGCACCACCCCAUUGGACAACCGUCCACAUCUGUCCGAGAACAGAGGGCCAUUGUCGAGUUUAUCUGCGAUCGCAAUAAGACAGGCACUGAGGGAGAGUGGGACGCGGAGGAUAAGUACGACGCGAAGAAGUUCCGUCUUCGCGACGAGGAGAAGAAGGAGGAUGGUGACAAGAAGGACGACGAUAAGGGCAAGGAGGGCGAUGGCAAAGAUGGCGAUGACAAAAAGGAAGGCGAUACUGACGAUGAGAAGGAGCACCAGUUGAAGAACAAGGAUGCGUCUCUAAUUUGGGAGAGCUUCACGGCGGAGAAGGACGCCGAUGUCCUGCGCUUGACUUGGUACACCCAGUAUGCUUGUGAGAGCCGAGACGACAAUGGCAGUGGCGAUGAUGGUGGCGAGAAGGGCUCUUGGGGCUUCUUCACUUGGUUCAUCAUUAUCGCGUUUCUCGGUAUCGCUGCCUACUUGGUGUUUUCUAGCUGGUUGAACUAUAACCGCUAUGGAGCUCGAGGCUGGGAUCUCCUACCUCACAGCGAUAGCAUUCGCGAUGUCCCGUAUCUACUGAAGGAUUGGGUUCGUCGAGUUUUGAACACCGUGCAGGGGACGGGCAGUCGCGGAGGCUACAGCGCAGUUUGA